GAUGCAAGACGUGUCAGCAUGAACGUUCUCGUCCUCGCUGCUCUGCUGCUUCUCGGAAGCGUCUCGCCCUCAGACGUGGACGAGCCUUCACUUUCUGAAACCUCUCUGGACCAGGGUCCGCACAACGUGUCCAGAAAGCCCAGACUCCAGCCCAAAGAGAGCAAGCCGCCCGUCGGGAAUUAUACCAUAGCAAACCAGGGUCGAGUGUGCCUGAGGGCGUCGCUGGGCGUGGUCUACAUCGUGACGGAGGACAAGAACACGUCGUACUACAAUCUGGACCCGAAAUCCACCACAGCGGGGGGAUACUGUGCCAGCACUGAUGCGGUUCUUUCGCUCGAGUUUGAUGGAGGAAGUCUGCAGUUUACCUUCGUCAAGAACGGCACCGUGGCAUAUGUGAAGACCCUGAGGGCGUUCCUCGAACCCGAACCUCCCUGCAAGAACUGCAACCGUACACGUUAUCCUGGCAUUCUGAACCAUGAUGAGCUCUUCAAAACCGCCAACGGGCAGAGCUUCAAGUGCAAGUCAUCGACUAAACUAAUCCUGGCGGAGAAUCUGAGGAUUAAGCUCGUUCCUCUGCAGGUUCAGGCCUUCAACCUGCCCAACGGCACUUUUGGAAAAGAGGUCGAGUGCUGGGCGGACUACGCCAAGCGGAUCAUGCCGAUCGUGGUUGGCGCGGUGGUGGUGGGCAUCUUCCUCAUUGCAGUUCUGGUGUUUGUGCUGAUGCGUGAACAUCGUGCUCAGGGCUACGAACCACUCUAGAACGUCCACGUGUGUCCUCAACAUCAAACCUGCCUCACACAACACGGUUUACUCUGUAGGAACAUGCUGCACUCAUCCCAGUCUAUAUGUUUCCCAGUCUCUGUUUUUCCCAGUAUCUGUGUCUCCCAGUCUCUGUCUUCCAGUGUCUCUGUGUUUCUCAGUCUCUGUGUUUCCAGUCUUUUAGAUAGUCUUAAAUGUCUGAGGUUUUCCAGCACACAGGAAGCCACGUCCCCUUUAUUCUAAAUAAUAAUAAAUUAUUUAUCUGUAAAUGUGUGUUUUUUAUGUUUAUGAAUGUGAAGCAGCACUGAAUUAAUCUUUCACUCCAAUUAAAUUCUGGACUGUGACUUUAAUGUGUGAAUGUGUGUAAUAAAAUCAUUUAAGUUUUAA